AGUCCAGUCGGUUUUUCUGCCAGCAGGCAGCUAAGAUGUUGGCCGUCCUGUCUGUGCUGGUUUUAUGUUUUAACCCGGCCUGCUGCGUUUUCCAGAAACUUUACUGCACCAUUUCAGACAGCUGCGACUGCGACUUCAAACCCAACAUCAGAGACUUGGAGUGGGAUCUCUACAAGAAUGUCUUCGGUCAGCAUCUGGCUCAGGACAUCGUGUCUGAGGAGGUGGCCAAGUUCCUUCAGAAUAAAAGCCCUGACCGACCCCUGGUGCUGUCGUUCCACGGCUCCACGGGGACGGGCAAGACGAUGGUGAGCUCCAUGCUGGGGAACCACCUGUACGGCUCGGCCAUGAGCAGCCCGUACGUCCACCAGUUUGUCCCCACGCUGCACUUCCCCUCCGCCCAGCUGGUCAACCACUACAGGGAGGAGCUGAGGAGCUGGGUGAAGGGAAACCUAACCGAGUGCGCUCGCUCCGUCUUCAUCUUCGACGAGAUGGAAAAGAUGCCUCCCGGCCUCGUCGACGUCCUGGAGCCUUUCCUGGGUCCGUCACACGUCGUGUUUCGGACAAACUACCGCAAGGCCAUCUACGUCUUCAUCAGCACCGCCGGAGAGGAGGUGAUCAACAAAGUGGCUCUGGAGAACCGGCAGGCUGGGCGGGAGCGAGAGGACAUAAAGUUGUCUGACCUGCAGGACGCCAUCGAAAAGGCUGUUUACAACAACAACACGAGCGGCUUCUUCCACUCCAGCAUCAUCCAGCAGAAUCUCAUCACCCGCUUCGUUCCCUUCCUGCCGCUGAGCCGCUGCCACGUCGAGCGCUGCGUCCGCUCGCAGCUCUGCCAGCGAGGCAGCUGCGGCCGCCGUGACGUGGUGGAGGCGGCGGCGGGCGACAUGCUCUACGCUCCCGUCCAGGGCCAGUACUUCUCCACCACCGGCUGCAAGGCCGUCCCCGCCAAAAUCAACUUCUUCCUCUGAGCCGGGGUUUUAUAUCCAGGACUGAAAGGGAAACUCCUUCUGAGGUGAGUCGGGGGAAAGUCUCAGUUUCUGCAUCUGUGGAGCCUCAGACGUCGGCCGGACUGUAAAUGGAAGGGAAUCGAACUCUGAACUGUCUGGAUUUAAAGAGUCCAGAGUCUGAACCGGGAGUCCUGCUGCUGCUCUACCUCCGAAUAUGAACGUCAACUCGGUGCAGCUGAAAGUCAUGGCUUGAGUUUAUUUUUUAAGUUCAGUAUUUAUCCCGUUUUAAUUUAUUUUUUGUCAACACGUCCAUCUUUCAGCUCUCAUGAGUGUUCACAAUAGAUUCAACCUUAAUUAA